CUUCGUUCUAUACAUACAUGUUUCGGUCAAUGUCCUUCUGAACAUUGCGUUUAUACCAAUGACUUAGAGUUUCUCGCGUGACUCUGUCAAUCAUUGGCCAUGAGGUUCGCCGUCUACGCCGGGGCUUCAACCGCCCUGGCUACUGGUGUAUUUCUAAAAGCACUACAUCAACGAGCCAACUUCUAUGCGGCAUGUGUAUAUCUCUCUCAAAGCAGUGCAAACCUUAUGAUCUUGAUGAACGUAUGCCUUCUGGCCGUCGGGUUCUUCCUUUUCUGGCUCCAACGUCUACUCUAUGGACCACUUCGACCCAUCGAGACGGAACAGCUAUAUGAGAAAGCAUGGUUCGCAGUUACUGAGACGUGUUUGGCCAUGACAAUAUUCCGCGGAGAACUCGGAGGCUGGUUUCUAGUUAUGUUCGUCUCUCUGCUUGUUGGCAAGGUCUGGGGUUGGAUCGGGGAGGGUCGCGUAGAAUACCUCGAACAGCAGCCGCCCGCGAAUCCGCGCCUCUUCCAUUUUCGACUCGCUAUAUCCUUACUCGUUUCAGUUUUAUUCAACGUGUUCAUGUUGAGAUAUUGUGUUCAGACGGUACUAGAACAGGCACGGCCCGAUAUGAUGGUCAUGUUCGGCUUCGAGUUUGCUGUCCUGACGAUUCUAUCAAGCUCAACUGCCGCUCGGUAUUCCAUCUCUUUGGUCGAGAUUUACGUCACCCACCGGCAGUUGAAGGCCAGAUUAGAAGAACGCCGUCAAGAGGUCCGAGCUGCGCGGGAUGAAGCUCUGCAACAGCAGGUCGACUCCGCAGAGCCAACCACCUUACCUAACUUACCGGCUGAAAACGACGUCAACGAAAUGGAGUUAGAUGUGCCGGGGUGGGAAGAAAAAGGCCGAUGGAUCUUCUAUCUCGACCUCUUGACAGACUUCCUCAAACUCACGGUAUAUUUGACAUUUUUCGCCAUCCUAUUCACCUUCUACGGUCUGCCUAUUCACAUAUUACGUGACGUCGUUGUCACGAUUCGCUCAUUCGGACGCCGCAUUAUGGACUUUGUCCGGUAUCGCAAUGCGACACGCGACAUGAACGAGCGCUAUUCCGAUGCUACCGCUGAGGAGGUUGCCCGCGAGGAGGUAUGCAUUAUUUGUCGCGAGGAAAUGACCCAGUGGUACAGAGCCGGGCAAGGAGGACAACCUGCACAACAGCAGGGUCGGGCAUCCGACAGACUCCGUCCAAAGAAGCUUCCUUGUGGUCAUAUCUUGCAUUUUGCUUGCCUUCGAAGCUGGCUCGAGAGGCAGCAGAAUUGUCCGACGUGCCGACGCCCAGUCGUGGCUCCACUUCAAGCACGAGAGCAGGGCCACGCAGACAACCGCAACCCAGGAGCCAAUGCUGGCGUGCAGCAGAAUCAGCCCUUUGGUAACCAGCCGUUCGGUCGAAAUGGUCCAGCAGAGGGAUUGCCCCGAGCCCGAAUUUAUCAAUUCGGACCCUUCCGUAUCGGCUUCGGCGCGGGAAGAGGCGACCUCUUCCGUAAUCUUCAGCAGCAGAUUCAGCAGGAAAACAUCCCAAUGCAGCAGCCAAACGAUGCUAUUGCGCCUAACGCUCGGCAGAUCGGUUUCGGACUCGGGUUUGGGCGACCGCCAGCAACUCCAUCAAUUCCUACCCCGGCUUCAAGUGUGGCUCACGUACAGAACCAAUUGCAGCAAAUGGAACAGCAAAUCAUGCAUGAGAUCAGUAGCCUUCGGGUCACAGCUGGUCAGCUUCAAGUCGUGCGAAUGUUGCAAACAGAACUUCAGCGACUCCGCAGCCUUUCCGCUGAUUCUAUUGAACCCCAGCAAGGUCUUCCAACUUCCACAUUGCCAAGCUCUGUAGCGAAUGCAGCUGAGCGCCAACGAUUCAUGGCAAAUCCUGGGACCCUUACCUUGAGGUCUGGCGAUGCUCGACUACCCGAGGGGCUGAAUCUUCCUGAAGGCUGGUCUCUGAUCCCUCUCCAUUCACUUGGCCAUGGUUCCAGGCAAGAGGGCAAUGGCCCCAUAUUUGCUACUGUCUCGGAGACGAUCACGCAUGCUGCCCCAUUGUCAACCGAGAAUGGCGCCAGCAGCCAAAAUCCAAUUCAUGAAGUUGCGGCAGCUGCGGGCUCUCCUGCACCCCGAGACCCUCCACAUUGGCAUUCUGACGCGACUCCAGCAGUACCUCAAACGGGCAUCGAGUCGCUAUCUCAGCAGUGGACCGACCUGGCCUCCCAGACACAGCCCGCCGACAAGGAGCGUUCGGAGCGCGAAGAGGAGCCGGAUUCACCGUCGGGGUCUCUGUCCAAUGGAAAGUCACGAGUCGCAACAGUAGAAGAUGCGCUCGAUGAUGACGAGGUGUGAUAGAUAGAUGUUUACUUUCUUCUUCCAUCUCAUCUCUUCCUUGUUACCCAGUACAUUUCCAUCCUACCAAUUUUAUUUUUGUUCUUGGCUAAUGGAUCAUUACGAUGGUGUUGUCAACUUCCCAAGCCCUUCCCUU